AUGGGGAGGCCCUUAUUGAUUCACGGAGCUCCCCCCACUGGAAACUCGGCAUUAUUUUUACCAAUCAUCAGCUGCAUAAUCUGGACGUGA